UACUAGAGACGCUCUAGGGCAUAUUUUCUUCCACUUUACUGUGGCCUUCACACUCUCGCUUGUUCAAACAAGAUCGCUCUACAUCCACAGCCACUAGAGAUCAGAGUGCAAAUCUGAGCACACAGCUAAGCUUCCGAGCACGAAAAUGGUGGGAUUCCAAAUGCAGCCGUACGGGAUACAGUCGAUGCUGAAAGAAGGGCACAAGCAUCUGUCGGGACUGGACGAGGCGGUGCUCAAGAACAUUGACGCCUGCAAACAGCUCUCUGCUAUCACUCGAACUUCUCUCGGCCCCAACGGUAUGAAUAAGAUGGUUAUCAAUCAUCUUGACAAGCUUUUUGUCACCAAUGACGCUGCCACAAUUGUGAAUGAGCUUGAGAUCCAGCAUCCUGCUGCCAAACUUUUGGUAUUGGCAGGAAAGGCGCAACAAGAAGAGAUUGGAGAUGGGGCCAAUCUGACUGUUUCUUUUGCUGGAGAGGUGCUUCAGAAUGCUGAGGAACUCAUUAGGAUGGGUUUACACCCUAGUGAGAUCAUUAUUGGAUACAAUAAGGCAAUUAAUGAGACAGUUAGAAUAUUAGAUGAAUUAGUCGAAGGAGGUUCAGAAAAUAUGGAUGUGAGAAACAAGGAAGAAGUUGUUUCCAGAAUGAAAGCUGCAGUUGCUAGCAAACAGUUUGGACUAGAGAAUAUCUUGUGUCCUCUUAUUGCUGAGGCAUGUAUACAAGUGUGUCCUAAGAACCCAGCUAAUUUCAAUGUGGAUAACGUUCGAGUUGCCAAGCUCUUGGGUGGAGGUCUACACAAUUCAACCAUAGUUAGAGGCAUGGUAUUGAAAAAUGAUGCUAUUGGCAGCAUAAAGAGGAUGGAAAAGGCAAAGGUUGCCGUAUUUGCCGGGGGAGUUGAUACAUCUGCGACUGACACAAAAGGCACAGUUCUUAUUCAUAGUGCUGACCAGCUUGAAAAUUAUGCAAAAACUGAGGAAGCUAAGGUUGAGGAACUCAUUAAAGCAGUGGCAGAUUCAGGUGCUAAGGUCAUUGUUAGUGGAGGUGCGGUUGGAGAGAUGGCACUGCAUUUCUGUGAACGUUACAAGCUCAUGGUGUUAAAAAUAAGCUCCAAAUUUGAACUGCGACGUUUUUGCAGAACCACUGGUGCUGUUGCUAUUUUGAAGCUCAGCCAACCAAAUCCAGAUGACCUUGGAUAUGUUGAUUCCAUCUCAGUUGAAGAAAUUGGUGGCAUUAGGGUUACAAUUGUAAGAAAUGAGGAAGGUGGAAAUUCUGUGUCCACUGUCGUUCUACGAGGCAGCACUGAUAGUAUAUUGGAUGACCUUGAAAGAGCAGUUGACGAUGGUGUAAAUACCUAUAAGGCAAUGUGUAGGGACAGCAGGAGAGUACCUGGAGCUGCAGCUACUGAAAUUGAGUUGGCCAGGAGACUGAAGGACUUUUCUCUCAAAGAGACUGGUCUGGACCAGUAUGCAAUUGCUAAGUUUGCCGAAAGUUUUGAAAUGGUUCCUAAAAUUCUUGCUGAGAAUGCUGGCCUUAAUGCUAUGGAAAUAAUAUCUUCUUUAUAUGCCGAGCAUGCAUCUGGAAACACCAAAGUAGGCAUCAACUUGGAGGAAGGAGCAUGCAAGGAUGUUUCGACCAUGGAUAUAUGGGACCUCUACAUCACCAAGCUCUUUGCUCUCAAAUAUGCUGCCGAUGCUGCCUGCACCGUGCUAAGAGUGGAUCAGAUUAUAAUGGCAAAACCAGCUGGUGGUCCAAGGAGAGAUCCAUCUGCAGCAGGAGCAAUGGACGAGGAUUGAGUUUUGCUAGUCUAUUUAUUAUUUUGUAUCUUGGUUGUGCCUCCUCUUCGCUGCUAUCUAGGGUGUCUUUUUUUUUUUUUUGGCCUUUAACCUACUUUAGCCUGUCUGUCUUUUCUUCUUACAUUGUCGCCAAGUAUUGGCUUUAGAAAAUUUUGAACAUCAAUUAUUGGGUUGCUGUUGAUGAUCUAAGUUUUGUCACCUUGCUUUGUGAUGUUGAAUCGUGAACUUAUUGAAUGCAACCUGAAAUGGUUUUUUAUUCUCUUCAAAAA